AAAUGUUUAAUGUAAUUGAUUUCAAGGUUAACCUUAACGUUUUAAUCUAAUAUUUAUAGAAACCAAUGUGGUUUUAUGUUUAUAUAAAAUGAUGAAUAAAAAGUAACUCUAUAACACAUGUGAUUAAUAAGUUCAAUGUUCUUCAAGAUUAAUGUUUACAAGAAUAUUGAAUGUAUUGUGAUAACACGAAGAAUGUAUCAACUUAUUCCUUCGAAUGAUAAGUUAAAACUAAGUUAAUAAGUGACUUUGAAAUGAUUUAGUUACAUAAUAACAGCUGUUUAAUUACUUGAUCCGUCAGUUUCACCUUGGCGCUCCCCAUGUCAGGACUAUUUUAGUGUUGUUCGGAACACAGAGGAAGAGGGCUUUUAAGCUUAAUAAUUUCAGAAUGGGCAUGGAUAAAGAAGUGCGAAUAUCAAAAUGGUACUUUGGAGGCCUGGCAUCUGCGGGAGCGGCUUGUGUGACCCAUCCUUUGGAUUUACUUAAAGUUCAAAUGCAGACACAAAAAGGAAAAAAUAUAUCCAUGUUUAAACUCACUGGAAUAGUCUUAAGAAAUCAAGGUAUUAUGGGAUUGUAUAAUGGAAUAUCUGCAUCACUUCUGCGCCAAUUGACAUAUUCAACAGCAAGAUUUGGUAUAUAUGAAGUAGCUAAACAAAGCUUUGCCCCAAGAGAUGGCAAAGUCAUACCAUUCUACAUGUCAGCUCUUCUAGCUGGUCUUGGAGGGUUUGCUGGUGGAUUUGUGGGAAAUCCUGCAGAUUUAGUCAAUGUCAGGAUGCAAAAUGAUAUCAAACUACCUCCAGAACAGAGACGCAAUUAUAAAAAUGCAAUUCACGGAUUAUACCGCGUGGCGGCUCAAGAGGGCGUGGUACGUCUGUGGGCGGGCGCUUCUAUGACGUGCAGUAGAGCGGCGCUUAUGACGAUCGGACAGCUCUCGUUCUAUGAUCUGAUUAAAGGAAUGCUAGUCACAACCCCAUAUUUCGGUGAUAAUGUUGCUACACAUGUUACUUCGAGUUUAUUGGCUGGAGCAAUAGCAACAACAAUGACUCAACCAGUUGAUGUUCUGAAGACUAGAGCAAUGAACGCCAAACCCGGUGAAAUUAGCGGCAUUUUAAGCCUUGUCACAAAUACAGCCAAAGAGGGACCUCUUGCAUUCUUCAAAGGAUACAUUCCGGCUUUCGUUAGACUUGCGCCACACACUAUCCUAACCUUUGUGUUCUUAGAACAACUUAGAAUGAACUUUGGUGUUGUUAAAAUCAAGGUAUUGGAGUAAAAACUGGCCAAAAACAUGUCAGUAUGGAACCAUAUGAUUUUAGAAUGAUUAUUUAAUAAUAAUUCUUUUACAUAUGAGAAA